CGGAAUCCAACAUGGCGGCUGCUGAGUAUUUUGAAGACGAAGUUGUGCUCGACGCAGACGACCUAGAGAAGCUCUUUCAAGCAGCAACAGAGUUUGUUAGGACUAUGAAAAACUUGAGCGAUGAAAAGAGACUUACUUUUUACGCUCUCUUUAAGCAGGUUUGUUUUCUUAUAACCUUGUGUACGUUUGCUCACGUCAUGUAAGCUCAAUUAAGCUUAAGCUUAAGUUUGGUUCAAAAUAUUUCGUCUUUAAUUUCGCUCCAGAGUAGAUGAAUUUUACAGAUAAGCACUUUCCCUUCAACAUAUGUUGAUACUAAAUAGGAAAAUAAAAGUGUGGGUUCUACUUUCGUGGAUUUCUCCCGGACACGAUGAAAAUGUGAUUAACCGUUACAACCUAACCGUAUUCACGGGCAUGCAUAAGCUGCAAAAUAUGUCACCGGCCAAAUUUGAUUUCAGGUUAAUUUUGAUUUGACCUUUUGUUCAUUCUCAUUUCCAAUGUUUCCUAGCCCUAGAAGGCAAAGGAAAUUGAGAAUAAACCUAGGCUGAAAAAUUUUAGCCUGAAAUCAAAUUUGACCUGUAACAUAUAAGGUCUUAUGUGCCCCAACCUGUUGAAGUUGUCUUUACUCCGCUUAGUUAUGAAGCGAUUGAUCAACACUUUUAUAUUUUUCAUCUUUGUUCUUGUUAUUUGAAAGGCAAAAGAAGGACCAUGUCACACAUCUAGACCAGGGUUUUGGGAUGUAGUGGGAAGAGCAAAGUGGUAAGAGUUGUUAUUUACACUACUACAGUGGGUGAUGCUCAAUAUACCAAGUCAAUAUAUGCACUAUUUUAUCUCGUUCUAUCGUGUGAAGUUUGUUGUGUUAUUGUGUAAGUACGGUGGCCCAUAAGGGACAUAAAAACCCAGCUAUUUAUUUUGGGAAAUUUGAAUGGUAAAACUUAUUAUUUCAGGUUUGGGGUUUUAUUUUCAUACCUAUAAUUUUUUCCUUUGUUAAAGCCCAAUUUCUUUUUUAUUUUAAAACAUUUUUUAAAACUCUGCCCGUUUUUUCAAAAUUCACGUUUUUUUUUUAACUCAGAUUUUUUUCAAAACUCAGGGUUUUUUUAAAAAAAACUCAGAUGUUUUCAAAACUCAGCUUGUUUUUUAAACUCAGAUUUUUUUCAAAACUCAGAUUUUUUUUCCAAGUCAGGCUUUUUUUUUGAAAACCAAGUUUUUGAUUGUCUUGAACAAUGCGCAUGUCAUAUAUCUGCUGACCACGAUUGCUGGCUCAAAGAAAAUGAACAAAAUGGCAUUGAUGAUCAAAAUGGUUGUUAUCUGUUUUAUGCUUCAUGUCCCAUUGGAUAGUCAUUAUUAAGUCGCGUAUUGCUUUUGGCGGAGUUUCUCUUUGUGUGGGCUCUAUUAGUUGGGAUAACAAAUAAUGACAAUUCCGGUUUGGGAUCAAUUUGUCCACAAUAGUGGCCGUUUAUUUCCUUUAAGCAUAUCAAGCUAGGAAAAUCGGGAUACUCAAGAAGAUUAUCCCAGCAAAGGUGAGAGCACACCCGCCAUCCGGGAGAUGAAAGUGGUGCAAAAGGGGAGGGAACUGAAGGGAUGGAAAAAUGUUUUCCAACUUUCUUGUUGUAGUGAGGAGAGAGGCUUUGUGCCUCGCUUUCAUGUCUUAUAAACAUACACAUGAUGUUCAGGAUGGCAGGAACGCCCCCUCACUGGUAGCUGGAGAAAUGACACAUUGAUCAGUCACAUUAAGCAUAAAACUAUUUAUUUCUUUCAGAAAUAAAUUUCAGUUCUGUUUCAUUUUAUGCCCUUCAUGUGGAACGAGCAUAAUGAUUUCGUACUUUCUUGUGAGAUCAGGGAAUUCUGACCGUAAUUCUUUGAUUGAAUAUUACUUCAAUACUUCAAACCUGGAGUUCUAAGAAAUCCUACGCUUCCUUCUUCUUGUACACGCGAUACAACUCAGUAUUCGUCAGUUGAAAAGGGUACUUUUUUCAAAAGGGUUAUGUAGGAGAAGAAAUCAUAGCCAGUCUAGGAUUUCUGAGUAGUCUUAGUUUUUAGUUUUUAGUUCUACUAGCUUUUCUGGACAAAGGUCAUGGCCCAAAGGGAAUGGGCACGAACGGGACUCAUAGGUCCCAUGCAAGGUGCCAUCCCUACCCAAUCCCACAACCUGUCAAGAGGUUGGCCACACCACUGGGGUCUACGUCCCCUAAUUUUUUUCGAGCAGUGGCGUGUGUUCUUUUACGUUCCACAUGAACUGAUCAGUGCCAGAAAGUGCUGUGAGACCGGACCUGCGGUUUUUCGUCCUCAUCCGAGAAAACUAGAAAGUCUAACCGUUCGCAGAUGUCAUUACAAAGGCAGCACUUUCGUCUCAUUUAUUUAAAGAUCCUGAGUGUUGGUCCGGCCGGGGUUUGAACCCGCGACCUUCCCCUCCGCGGACCUGCGAUCUAUCAACUGACUGAGCUUACCAGGCGGCGGUUAAUCAAUCAAGAUUGAAGCAACAUUCAAUCAAAAAAUUACGGUGACAAUUCCCGGAUGUCACAGGAAUGUACGGAGGCAUUAUGCUCGUUCCACGUGAAAGGCACAAAAUGAAAUGGAAAACAGAUAAAACCAUUGAUCAUCAACGCCAUUUUGUUCAUUUUCUUUGAACCAGCAAUCGUGGUCAACAGGUAUAUGACAUGCGCAUUGUUUAAACUGGAUUUUGAAGAAAAAACUCAGUUUUUUUUAAAAAAACCUGAGUUCUGAAAAAAACCCCUGAGUUUUGAAAAAAAAUCUGAGUUUUGAAAACAUCUGAGUUCUUUUAAAAAAAUCUGAGUUUAAAAAAAACCUGAGUUUUGAAAAAAUCUGAGUUUUUAAAAAAAAUUAAUUUCAAAAGGAAAAACUUGGGCUUUAACAAAGGAAAAUAUUGCAGGUAUGAAAAUAGAACCGCAAACCUAAAAUAAUAAGUUUUACUAUUCAAAUUUACCAAAAUAAAUAGCUGGGUUUUUAUGUCCCUUAUGAGCCACCGUAUGUAAGGGCUAGGGAUCAUUGUUGUGUUCUUUGUGAUGUAAGUCGAGACUUGCUCUUGCUAUUCACUUGGUAUACUGUGCACCAGCCACUGCAGUCGAACCUCUCCACAAAGGCCAUCCUGGGAACAGAAGAAAGUGGCUGUUAUGGAGAGGGUGGCUUUCAUAAGGAGGCAGGGGUGUAAAAUGAGACAUUUUUUAGGUAGUACAUCAUGUGUAUUGUGCUAAGUUCAUGAUUACUGUGUCCCAUAAUGGUAAUUCAAUCAUUUGAGUUGAAUCAAAAUGUUAAAAACGUGCAUGACAAAACUUACAAGUUUCGCCGCAUUCUCUAUAAGUACCGUAGACAAUUUAUGCUUACUGGCAUUCUAAAAACAUGGCAAGAAUAGCAAGAACACAACUUGAAGGGCGAUAUCUGCUUUUUGGAGAAUAUUUGCGGAGCUGAACAACCCUAAAUGUGCACUAUCAAAGGUGAACUUAACAUCGAUGGAGGUAAGCAUGUUUUAGUGUUAUUUUUAAACUAGGAAUUAUUUUGAAUGAAUAAUAAAACAAUUAUUGAAUUUGGCUUUCGUAUCAUAUGAAGAAUUAUGGAGAUCUCAGAGGGUGUUAUUCGCCUUGGCCUACGGCAUCGACGGAUAACACCCUCCUCUAUCUCCAUAAUUCUUCAUAAGAUACUCAGCCUCAUUCAUUAAUUGUUAAUUAACAAAGCAAAAUGAAAGUAUCUUGGAGAGGUGGUGUGUUCUCAACUUGUUAUAUUUUCAAAACAACAGGGACUCGUGGAAAAAGCUUGGAGAUAUGCCUCAACAACAAGCCGUGGAGCUUUACAUCCAAGAGCUAUUUGAAACUGACCCAGAAUGGGAGGCAAAAUAUGCUGUAACUGAUGACUUGGUAAGAUAGGUUUACAUGAAGAUGAAUAGGAAUGCUGGUACUGGACAAAAUUUGAUCUCCAUAGUUUUUUUAUCAUUUGCAUGGGCAAGCUAGUUGAUUGACAGUAUGAGAAAAUGGAACGAAAACUCAGGACUGGUAGUUUUUGCUCCUGAAUUGCAUUUAUCUUUUGCACAAAUCAAUCUCAGUUACUGAAAAACAUCCAUGAAAGCGUAAAACUAGAGUCAAAGUUUGUUGUAGAUCAAGAUUUUAAUUUGAAAAGAAAUUUAAACCUCUUUUCAAUUUUAUUCAUAGACUGUAAAAGAAGAUGAAAAGCCCGUUCAAAAACAAACAAUGGGUCUUGCAGUCAGUACAUUAAGAGGACAAGAUGGUGGCAAUGAUGAAAUUAUCAGGUAAGUUGAGGUGGCUGACAACAAUGUCCAUCAACUUUUAUCACCUUAACUUUCAUGGAUGUCACUCAGUUGAUCCUAGCAUGAGGUUACCAAACAAAUGUCUGAUGAUGAUAAUGAUAAUUGAUAACAUUAUCAUUGGUCAGCAAGCUAUGGUCAUCAGCAACAGCAUAAUGUUUUAUCCCUUUUAACUUCUGAUAGCUUGACUCCUCCUACAGAAGGGCAGUACUAGUGGUUUUGAUUGUUCCUCUGAUAAAAUGCACUGAAAUGUUCAUUAUUUGUGCUGUUUUGCUCUGGUUUUCUUGCUCCCAAAUGCCUAGUCUGUAUGACAGGUACUUGGUUACUUGCAUGAGGACUUAUAGCUGAGCAGCACCAGCCAGUCUAGUGUCUGGAAUCCCCUGGCCAUCCCAGGCAGUGUGUGAGAGUUUUGUCAAACUUUUCCGAUUGGUUGUUUGUGUUCUAGAAAAUUGAAUUUUCAAAUAAAACUGAGGGGUUCCCAUACUUAUUUAGGAGCAGGAGCAACUUGUAUAUAUACAUGUAAAAAUGCAAUGAUUCCCUAAAAUACUAAUUCAAUAAAAUUUAUCAGCACAUGCUUUGCACAUGUCUCUGCUGAUUGAUUCUUUUUCUGCAUAGGGAAUAAGUAAUAUUUGUUAUUAAUUUUAGAUAAAGAAAGUUAUUGCUCAUCAAAAAAUAGAAAAAAUGAUAGGUCAAUUGUUUAAGAGAAAAUGAAGAAUAACCUCUCUGAUUUAUUUAUACAGUGAUGCUAACAAGACGGUGUUUGAUUGGUGUAAGGAGGGAAAUGUCAAGAAAUUGGAUCUUUUGUUAACAAGAGGAGAAGACAUCAAUGCUCAAGAUGACCAGGUAAUUAAAAAAAACAUUUGUUAACUCGUUAUUAAUAGUUAGCUUUGAUUUUUAUUCUUAAUAUGGAAUUUUAAUUUAAAUUCUAAAUUUAAAUUUUAAAGCAAAUUUUGAGUAUUGCGUCGAAAUCUGACAUGUUUCUAUUCUCUGUUGGACCAGAUUGUGAUUGUUAGGGAUCAUUUAACUCCACUUAAGGUGGCCUGAACCUGUUUAUAUGCAUUUUUGUUAUGUUUUUUUAUCUUUUAAACUAAAAUAAAUGACAUUUUCUUAAAGUUCCGUUAUUAUAUAUUUAGGAUGCCAAAAAUCUGAGAAAUCGCUUGAAUUGUUCAUUCUGAAAAACGCAAAUAAAAAACAUAACUAACAAAUAGGUUGUGGCCACUGCUAAUCCGAAAUCAGGCAUUUUUGUUUCAUAGAGAGGGAAUGAUGCCAGGAUAACAAGCAUUUGUCCAUAAAUUAUAGGGCACUCCAGAGAUAUUGGGUGAUUGUAUAUUCAAAAUCUUUAUCUUCUAUAUCCUAGGGAAUGACCCUGCUUCACUGGGCCUGUGACAGAGGCCAUAAGGAUGUAGUGAGAUAUCUUAUCAAAAACAAAGCAAGAAUAAACACACAGGUAGGUAGGAACGUUCAUGUAAACUUUGCAUUAAAUGCAUUAAGUGCCCUCUCAGGAGUUUUACAGCACCCUUAACGAUGUCAGCCGUUAAUCAACUUCUAGGCCACUGACACGCACACACACUCAAAAACAUUAUUAUACAAUACUCAAGCUGUUUUCUGGUGAAAUCUGGACAAAAACAGGAAAACUGUCCAAGACUUUGUGUGCGAUUUUACAUUUGCCACAUUUGCUUUUGUUGCAUAAGGAAAUAUGCCGCUUCUUAAUUUUGGUGAUGUAGACAAAAGAAAAUUUUGAAAGGAGAAAAAUUAGAACAAGUGGUUUUUCUUUCUCCCUUAAUUUCUUCCUUUUGUCUUCAUUCUGGCAAUAAAUAUUUGCUAGGUAUAUCUCUCCUCCUGAAUAAGGGCAGUAGUGACUGUUGAAACAUGUAUGCAAAACUUAAAACUCUCUCCCUUUUCUUUUUGCCUUUCUUUCUCAUUGCUAGUGAACUUGAAUUAUUGCACUACAAAACAAAGACCUAUAACAUAACCUGAAAUUAUCAGCGAAGCGUAUAUGCCAAACUUCAUUUUCAGAUAGUUUCUAACAGAUACCUUUUUUGAAAAAAAUAGGAUUUAGAUGGACAAACACCACUGCAUUAUGGUGAGUACAUUUUUGUUCUUUGUUUAUAUAAUUUGUAGUAGUCUUGAGAGUGUUCCAUUUCUAAAUAAUAAUCAAUGGUAAAAUAGUGAGGCUGCUUGAAAAAUAAAAAGUUAAAAAGAAAGUUUGAAAAUAUGCAGUAAAAUUAAUUUAUGUUUAAUUUAUGUUAUUUAUGCAUUAUUGACCAAGUGUGAGGUCAAGAUAGCUGGUUGUUGGCCAGGUCCCUUUUGCAUUUUUAUGUACUGAGAUCAAGCUGAGGUCAAUGAAAAUACAUGGGUAAUAUUUGGACAUCUCGACCAAACAAGUUUGGUCAGUAAAGGAUUGAUUAUAUGGCCAAAACAAAAUCUGCUUUUGCGGAACAAAGAGGGUAAUCCAGGGAGGGCAAGAUAGGCUCGCCUUGCUCCUCAUCCUGCCGCUCUGGUAGCCAAUCAGAAAACAGAAUUUGUUUUAUCUUGCCCCCUCUCAAAUCCAGCCAUAAGAAAAGACAAUAAAUUAUUUAUUUAAAAGUAACCUCUUUAGCUGUACUUCAUGGUGAUGGUUGUAUUUAUUUAGUAUGUAGUCCUUCCUUUUUAAUCUGCUAAAGAAAAAUUUCAUGACAUGGCCAUUCAAAUGAAGCUCCGUGAGCAGUAAUUUUGCAUGGUACUAUUCAUUUAGCAUGUUGCCUAAACUUGUGAGUCGGUGGAUGAAAUCCUAUGGUGUUUUGUCUUCAGUAUCCUUUCAUUUCAUCUCUUUGUUGUAAUGUAUUUUCAAAACAAAAAGAAAAAAUUCUUCCUUAACUUUGCUGUAGAGUACUGUUGGGUUUUAAGUACUUGCUAAAGAACUUUGUUUUGUAAAUUACAGCUGCCACAUGUGACUUUCUGACAAUAGUAGAAGAACUCUUAGAAUCUCGUGCAGAUUGUUCAAUUGCUGACAAUGAUGGCUGUUUACCUGUGGAUGUUGCAGAAAGUUCAGCAGUGAAAGGAUUAUUAACAAAAAGAUAUGAGAAUUCAUGA